AGCACAACGCCCCUUUUCUCUCUAUCUACGUCCUCAAGCCUUUCCCUCAAAAUUGCCCCCUUUCCCUGCUCGCAUCUGGCCAACAUGGGCAAAUCCAGCAACAACCUUUACACGCGAGUGAAGGGUGUCUUCCGCCGCGACGGACAACCAGCUGCUAAACACCGCGAGUACUCUGUCGCACACCAGUACCAGUACUCGCCGCUGGACAUGCAGCACGCGAACGGUGUCAAGGCAUACCCCACCGCUCUGCACCAUCAAGACGACUUGAUCACGGAAUUCUUCGGCGGGAAGCCAAAGGGGCCACGAGGAUACUAUUAAAGGUGAAGAAGAUACUGCGCUCACUAGCGCAUAGGUGUCCAACUCCCAGGACGUCUAUUCCCUUCCGUCCGGCUCGUACACGAUGAACGCAUAUGCCCAUAAUAGUAUGAAUCCAAUACCGACCAACCGGGAAUAAUGGGAGGGUGCAAGCGCUGAAACGCAUAGUCCUGGCAGCGGAUGCCAGCCCGUUCGUUUUGCGCGCCCUUCAUAAUCUUUAUGCCGCCAUAUGCAAGCCUUCGCCGGCAUUGUUCUCGUCCCAUGUAGUGUUUCUCCCGUCCCAUGCAUUCUAGAGUUCCUCUUUUCCAUGUCUGUCUCAUGCGCAGUCUUAACAUUCAGAUCUAUUUGGUUUUGUGUCGCAUUGUAUUUGCAGGCUCAUACCCUUAAACUAUGCCUCUUUCCUGGGCUCCUUUCUGUACCAGGACACUGUAAACUAGGGCUAUAUUACGGUUGAUAUUAAUGCACUGUCACCCGGGACCGUACGUUCAGAUCCCGCUUCUGUAGCGCUGU